CGCGGGCGUGUGCCAGGCCACGCCCCCGCACGGGCCCGCCGACGUCCCAGACGGCGGGACUCGGCGCGGUCGGUCGGGGGCUGCGGGCCCGCGCCAGGGUGGGCUCCGCGCACCGCUUUUCUCCGGAAGCCUGGGCUCAGCGCCCUGAAUCGCCCGAGCCGGCCGGGAGUCUCAGGGCGAAGGUGGAACGGCUGACGUGGGCGCGUCUCGGCGGCCGUGGGCCGGUUUGGCCCGGCUGUGGAGAGCCUGACGUUCCUCCUUGGAACCCCCUCUCCCACAAAACUUUACCCGAAGUGAGAGAGGGUGGUUCAGCAGUGCUUUAGGGCGCCUAAGAAUAAUGCUAGAAUAAACAUUCUUCUACCUGGACCUUAAUGCAAAGAUAUUGGCGUUUCCAAGACACCACGAUACAAGAUAUAUGCUUUGGAGCCCUAGGAGAAUUGUGGAUUCAAAGACGUGUAAUGGCCAGACACUACAGUGAAGUUCAGAGUGUGCAGCAGGACGAUUCGUUUAUAGAAGGAGUAAGUGACCAAGUGCUUGUGGCAGUGGUGCUCAGCGUGGCUUUGAUCGCGUCUCUCCUGUACGCACUUCUCAGAAAUGUACAGCAGAACAUUCAUCCAGAAAACCAAGAGCUAGUCAGAGUGCUUCGAGAACAAUUUCAAACAGAACAGGAUGUCCCUGCUCCUGCUCGACAGCAGUUCUACACUGAAAUGUACUGUCCAAUCUGCUUACAUCAAGCCUCCUUUCCUGUGGAAACAAACUGUGGACAUCUCUUUUGUGGUUCCUGCAUCAUUGCAUACUGGCGAUACGGGUCCUGGCUUGGUGCAAUCAGUUGUCCUAUCUGUAGACAAACGGUAACUCUGCUCCUAACAGUAUUUGGUGAAGAUGAUCAAUCUCAGGAUGUUGUAAGAUUGCGUCAAGAUGUUAAUGAUUAUAACCGGAGAUUCUCAGGGCAGCCUAGAUCUAUUAUGGAAAGAAUCAUGGAUCUCCCCACCUUGCUGAGACAUGCAUUCAGGGAAGUGUUUUCAGUUGGGGGUCUCUUCUGGAUGUUCCGAAUUAGGAUAAUGCUUUGUUUGAUGGGAGCUUUUUUCUAUCUAAUAUCACCUCUAGAUUUUGUACCUGAAGCCUUGUUUGGAAUUUUGGGCUUUCUAGAUGACUUCUUUGUUAUCUUCUUGUUGCUUAUUUACAUCUCUAUUAUGUAUCGAGAAGUGAUAACCCAAAGACUAACUAGAUGAAAAAAAUUAGUUUACUAGGAUAUCAGAGCUUAUAUAUAAAAUCAAACAAAAGGAUCCAUGGCAGUAUCAACACCCAAAUAUUAUUUUACACGCUUAAAACAUUUGGUUAUCAUUUGACAAAUGCCUAAGAAUAUACAACUGGAACAUUUACAUACUACAGUGUCUAAUGUUAACACCAGAUGUAUAGUGAUCUACAGGUUUAUCUCAAUUCUGUGUUGUUUAUAACAAAUUGGAAAGGGAUACUUUGUUGUUUUCUUUUAUGCAAAUUAUUUAGCUUAGAUACAUAGUUCAAUAUUGCUGAAUGUAGAAUUCAUCAUCCUCAGUGGGUAUCCAUACAAUAGAGAACUCUGAAACUUACCUAAAUAUUUUUGUUAAAGUAAAAUACUGUGUGAUACCUAGGGAAGGCCAGUGUCACAGUGUGCUAAGCUCUGAGCACCUGGAGCAGCUCCGCUUCUUCAUUUUUGUAUAAUUCUUUGUGGUCAACUGAGAAUGAAAGAAACUUGAACUUCCUGAUUUGACCUCACUUUUAGUCUCUAGAACACUUUGAUGAAUGGGAGGAUUAACAAAGUGAAAAAUACACAUCUCCUGGAGGCACUUUCAGCAUUCAGUUAUGACACUCAACCAGGAGUUUGGACUUUUUAUAGAAACACAUACAAAAGUAACUUGUAGCCAGCUGUGGCGGCUUUACACUUGUACUCUCUGCAUUCAGGAAGCUGAGGUAGAAGAUUGCCAUGAGUUCAGUGUCUGCCUAGACUAUAUCAUGAGUUCCCAGAAGUGUGAGCUAGAGAGUGAGAUCCUGCCAAAUCACAAGCAGGGCAGUGGGUAAAGGGGCUUGCUGCCAAGCCUGGGAACCUGGCUUUGAACCCUGGGUCUCACAUAAUGGAAGUACAGAACAGGUUUUGUAAGCUGUCCUCUGACCUUCACAUGUGCAUUGUGGCCCAGGAGUGUACACACACACACACACACACACACACACACACACACACACAGAGAGAGAGAGAGAGAGAGAGAGAGAGAGAGAGAGAGAGAGAGAGAGAAUAAAAUGCAAUGAAAAAGAAAACAGAGUAGCUUGUAAAGUGUAAAUUAUUUCCUUCUAGGAACCUAAGUAACCUUGCAAACAAGCAGUAGUUGGUACCAUUUUGAGGAACAGGUUGUUCAUUUCUAUUGGCAUGAGUCAGGGCCUUUAGGAAGGUACUAAGAGCAGUAUUUAGAUUUUACAAACUAUGAGUUAACUCUUGAAGCAAAAUGAAGAUAUUUGAUUAGUUGUCUGUUGCCCUGAAAAUGUAAAAGUAUUAUCUUCUAGAUGGAAAUAUUUGACUGAGAUUCAUCAUGUCUUGGGCAGAAUGAGGAAGUGUAUAUGAGAUGCUUAACUAGUAAGUUCACACUGCUUUUGUUGUUUUUGAUGGCCAUGACUUGGGGACAGCGUAAGGUCUGUAGUUUUGCUUGAGUGGAGUGAGUACUGUAAGUGAGCCACUCACUGCAGCUGGCGCUGCUUACUGCAGAGCUGCUGGGUGGAGUGUGAGGUGAUGCCGAGCCCGUCAUCGGACAUUACCAUUGACUUCUUAGCCAGCCUCAGUGUGUGCAUUUAGGGACAUGAAGCUAAAUUUUGUCACAUUCCAAAAAAGUCAGAUUAGCUGCCAAAUAAUGAGAUUCUGAAUGAAAUGUCAAUUUGUUUCCUAAUCUAGGCUUAAAAUAAAAAUGUUGUCUGCCAUUAAAACAACAACAUAAAACAAAAACCAGUUCUUAUAUAUAACAUGAUCAUGCAGUUUCUCAUAAUUUUUCUUUUAUCCUUAGAAAAUUUUGUAAGAAAGAUAGAGCAUCAUCAGCUUCCUGUUUCAGAGAUGAAACCUUCAUCCUAUGGAUGAAAGAUUUUUGUUUUCCUAACAUAAUGGAACUAGUGAUAUUUAGGUAGACAUGAAAGCCAGUCUGAGGAGAAGCAGGAGGGAACUGGAAUUCUCUGGAGUCAGGUUUUCAUAACACAUUAUUCCUUCACUGGAACAGUUUUGGUGCUCCUAAGCUAAAGCUCCAGGGAGAAGACCUGUCACAGCCGGUAUCAGUCUCGAGUGUGUACUUGCAAUGAUGUAAGAGUGGUGUCACCACUUACCACCAACUGGGAAAGCCACUGAGCAGGGGAGCUCGUUACCAGCCUGGGGAAACAUUUUCCACCUUUGAAAAAUGCAAUGUGUAGCUGUCACUUACUGAAAUGAUUUUAUUUCUGUGCAUGUGUUUUGCUCUAAAUGUCAUACUUCUGUAAUAUUUGGACUUACUCUAAUACUCUGAGAAGAGGUAUACUGUACAAAAUUUUGUAGCAUACAAAACCACUAAAAGACUAAAGUCUUAUGGAACCAAAAAGGGAACACAGUGAUAUCUCAGAAUUUUACACCUCCUCUUCCCUCAUCUUUACUGAUCAUCAAUGAUAAAUGCAAAAGCAAUUAGAGAAAGUAUUCAAAGCAAGUAGAGUCAAUCAGUGUUUGGAACAUCAUAGUAAUACUUUGUAUUCAGAGAUCUUACAAAUCAAAGCAACAUUUUUUUUUUUAAACAAAACAUAGUAACUCACAAAAGCAAUGGUACAAGCCCAGGAACAAACAGUGAUUUGAGCAGCUCUGUGGGGAAUGAGAAGGGAACUGUUCCAUUAACAACUCAGCUAGAGUAGGGUUUCUCCAGCUCCUAUUGUCAGUGUUGCGGAGUGCAGCAGAGUUCCUGAGCCCCAUGGCUGUACAGAAACCUACCUCACAGAGUCUGUUCAGAGGAGCAGAGACUUCGCCCAAAUUCUGUGAUUUGGAGAGUUUGUUCAGCAUUUAUUCUUUGGAAUAAAAAUAGUUCAUCUAAAAGUU